AAUGUAAACAGGAAGUAACUAAGGCACUGAUUUUGAUUUCACCGUAGUCUGCAAUGAAAUGCGUCUUGCUCAAAAACAUUAUAGAUGGUGAAAUGGCUAUUAUAAACAGACAAUAUAAAGCUUGCUAACGUAUCCGUAUAUAUUGUUUCGGAAAGUGGACUUCCUGCAAACUCCAAGUGAGUCCAGGCCCGAAACUGCCGAAACAAUCUUCGCUCAGAGUCAGAGUGAGACGCCGAUCGGAGUCGGAGACAUACUGAUUCUAAUUCUGAUGAUAUGAAGACGAAGAGGCCUAGAUCUACUUACUGAGACGAAAUAGCCCACUCCAUUUGUUUUAAUCUCAAAUCACUGGAACAUGGCUGAAGCAAUUGUGGAUGUUUCUUGUGUGUCGAAGAGCCUAAACCACGCAAAAAUGAAGUUUGAAUUCUUUUGGAAGAAAGAUUCUCCUUUCAGCCAGUUCCAUGGUUGUCUUUUUGAAGUUGAUGGUCAGAGAUACACUUGUGCAGAGCAGUAUAUGAUGCACCAGAAAGCAGUGUGCUUUGGAGACCAUGAAAUUGCUACACAGAUUUUGAAAAGUAUCAAGCCACCACAGAUGAAAAGCCUUGGGCGAAAAGUCAAGAAUUAUGAUGAUGAUGUGUGGGAGAAAAGGUGUUUCGAAGUUGUAAAGACUGGAAACCGGCAUAAAUUCUCACAACAUAAAGACCUGAAACAAGCGCUUUUUGCGACCAGAGGAAAGAUUUUGGUUGAGGCAAGUCCCUCAGACAACAAGUGGGGUAUUGGCUUGGCUGAGAGUAAUCCACAAGCAUGGGACAAGUCAACCUGGAGAGGCCGUAAUCUUUUGGGAUAUGCUCUCACUGAAGUCAGAGACGAACUGAUGAGGGAAGAAGGAAUGUUAUAAUAACACUUUCUUUCUGUUUGAAGUCACAUUUACUAUGAGAGAGGGUUUUUGGGAUUCAGUAACUGUACAUUACAGCAUUAGCUAAACUAUAAUAAUGGUUUCAAGAGCUUUUGUUAGAUGACCAGAUUUGUUUUACUCAAAAAAAAUAUAAUGUUGAUUUAUAAGGAUUCAUAGAGAUUAGGGAAAUUGUAAAAGAAGGUACAGACAAAUUUCCAGAUUUUAUUUUGUUACCGUACACUUUUCUUCUGCAAGAUGACCCUUAGUGACUUAGUGUCACUGACUAUCAGCUGCACUCUGUACAGCUUUUUUUUAACGUACGGUACUCAAAUGUUAUAAUGAAAAGUUGCACCUAUUUAAAGUGUAAUGAACUCUUCUUGUGUUCAUAGGCAUGUUGAGUUUUUAGAUGUGUGGAAAAGAAAUAAUAAGGCAAUGCAAAAGAUGGGUUUCUUUUUCCAAAAAGCA